CUCAGCCGAGUUCCUCUUUUUCAUCCAGAGCUAAUCUUCUGUUUGGCCCCGGCCCAAGCCCUCAGCCAGGCGGGGAAGGAAGCGACCACGAAACCUCCACUUCCAUGCAAACAGACACCAGCGCAAGACAAGAGAAGAUCAGGCUCCGGCAGCCGCUGACAGGUUCCACCAUGGAGGCCAACCUCACUAGCCUACGGUCUACUGAGGCCUCUUUGCUGUCCUCCUCUAAGGGCAAAGCAGAUGUGGACAGCGUAAUGGACAUGGUCCAAGUCUUCUUCUACAGUGUGAUCUUCCUUCUUGGCUCCCUUGGCAACGGGGUUGUGAUCUGGAUCACGGCCCGUCAGACCACCAGCAAGGUCAACUGUGUUUGGUUCUUCAACCUAGCCUUGGCCGACUUCCUGUUCUCCGUGAGUCGGAUACUGCCACUGCUGAAGAACGCUUUCUACGAUGAAUGGCCCUUUGGCUACUUCCUCUGCCAAACCACCGGCUUCAUCAAGUACCUGAACAUGUUUGGCAGCGUCUUUCUCUUGGCUGUUAUCAGCUUAGACCGUGUCACUUCCGUGUCCUACCCGGUGUGGGCCAAAAACCGCCGGGGUCCCCGCUUGGCGUGGUUGGCUGCCAUUGGCGCCUGGUUCGUGGCCAUUACCACAAGCCUCCCUUUCUAUUUUUGCCGUGUGUUAAUUGUGAAGAACAACAAGACCAAGUGCACCCUUAGCAUGGAUGGUAGGGGGUCUACCAUGCUGACCUUAUAUUUGCUGAGGUUGGUAUGUGGGUUCCUGGUUCCCUUUGCCAUCAUUGUGGUCUGCUACGGGAUCAUCGCAGUGACACUGAGGCGACGGCAGACCAUCUUCCGCUCCAAAAAACCCUUCAAGGUCAUCUUGGCUAUCGUGGUCACCUUCUUCAUCUGCUGGGCACCCUACCAUCUCUUUCUCCUCCUCAAAUUGACGGGAGUAAAGAGUAAAGUGAUUUCUGUGGGCAGCCCCCUCACCUCCUGUCUGGCCUACCUCAACAGCUGUGUCAACCCCAUCCUUUACUUCUUCAUGGGGUUGGACUUCCGCAAAAAACUAGGCCGUUUCAGUUUGGCUGCGGCCUUCAGGAAAACUUUGCUCGAAGACUCGGCCUACUCAUUGCGAAGGCCUACCAAACACAAGAAGGAAGCUGCUUCUUCCAUGGAUGACCUUAACCACUCCACGGUGACUGUUCCAUCAUCUGAAAAAACUCCAAGUCCCAGAGGCCUGCUGACUGGGCAGACCCAUGCAAAGUAGUUGCAUGCUACAAAGACAUUUAUCUAUCAUAUUCUUUACGCAUGGGAUUCUGGACUGGCUGUUUCCCUCCCCAAAAUCUAAUGAAGUCUUGACUAUGUGGUACACAGUGAUGCUUCCUGGACAUUUUUAAACCACUGAUAACAGCUGUAUUGGAGCAAAGAGUUCAGGAUGUAAACAUUUCUUGGGUCCUGCUGUGAAUUCUGUAAGAUGUUGUCCCACCACCAUCCCCAAGAGAAAAAGUAAGGGACUCUGAAUGGAAACCACCAACUCAACCCCCUGGAGUUGGUUUCAUGCCAGAAUUCCAUCCCUGCUUUAUUCUAAGCAGCCCUCCCCUUGUUCAAUUCUAGUUAUGUCUUGUAUUGUUAUGUGUAUCUUUGUGGUAUUGUCAUUGUUUUAUUCUUUUGUAAGCUGCUCCGAGAGCUUUGGCUGAAGGGUGGCAAAUAAAUAUCCUGAAUGAAUGAAUGAACAAAUGAAUGAAAGAAAAUACCCCGAAUUGCCCCAUUGCCUUCCUCGUCUAAAAAACUAUAGCUGAGGUGGAUAAGCAAGAUAAGCAAAGAGUACCCCCUCUUUGCUCCCCAGAAAUUCCACAAUUUCAGAUUUCAGUAGGAGGUGGGGUCAUAGCAAGGUUGGAGUUGGCCCUGGGACAAAAAGUGAAGAUGGACCUCUGCCCUUCAUCCCUUCUUCAGAGAGGCAUCAUGGAGAGAGCUAAGAGCAAGCUCUCAGCCAGCUAGCGGCAGCCCUCCCUCAUGGGCCCAGGAACAUCCCUCCCCUUGUUCAGUUAUAGUUAUGCCUCUGGUGGUGGGGGCAAGG